CUUGCCAUGGCUUCGAUUUUAGAGCAGUAUGAGAAUGACUUGUCCCAGGCUAGCUUCCCGAACCAGGGCCGGAACCCGGAUAUCCCGCUGUCUGGUUAUGUGAAUGCUCGUCUAGAGAAAGAAACACCCAUAUUUAACAAGCAGAGGAUUGAUUUCAGCCCUCCAGAGAAUAUUAACAGCCUGGUUGUGUGUAGCAAUCAACUAUGUAUGAGCUUGGGAAAAGACUCCAUUCUUAGAAUUGAUUUGAUGAAAGCAGAUCAGCCCAAUCAAGUGGACCUAGGGCGAAAAGAUGAUUUCAAAGUUCAUAGGAUUUUCUUGGAUCCCACAGGGUCUCACCUCCUGAUUGCUCUGAAUACCAGCGAAUGCCUUUAUCUGAAUCGAAAUGCUCAGAAAGUGAGAGUUCUUUCUCGUUGGAGGGGCCACUUGGUUGAAAGCAUUGGAUGGAACAAGCUUUUAGGCAAUGAAACAAGCACUGGGCCGAUUUUAGUUGGGACUGCUCAGGGUCUGAUAUUUGAGGCAGAUAUUUCCGCCAGUGAAGGUGGCCUGUUUAGCACCAACCCUGACCAGUACUUCCGAAACAUUCACACACUCGAGGAAGAGACAGGUCCUGCCCCAGUUUGCUGUCUGGAAAUAAAUCGAGGUUAUGAGAAUAGGUUUUCUGUUAUUGCAACCACUCCCAAAAGGCUAUUCCAAUUUGCUGCUAAAAUACCAGAGGGAACUGAACAACAGGGGUUUACGCCUCUUUUUAACCAGCCUGUAGAUGAUCUUCCUAGUAUCCAGGAGUUUCCAGGAACUCUCGGUUAUAGUGAGAUUGCCUUUUAUACUCAGAAGCUUCGUUCUAUUCCCAGUUCCUUUGCUUGGAUGAUGGGAAAUGGAGUCCUGUAUGGCAACUUAGAUUUCUCUCGCCCAGACUCCAUACUAACAGAUGUGCAGGUCUGGGAGUAUCCAUCCAGUGCUGAAAAGCCUAUGUCUAUUGUGCUCACUCAGUUCCAUUUUCUGCUUCUGCUUCCUGAUAGGAUAAAGGCAAUUUGCAUCCUUAAUGGCCAAGUGGUUUUUGAAGAUAUUUUUACAGAAAAGUUUGGGCCAUUGAAAAAGAUGUUAAAAGAUCCCAAUAUAGGUCAGAUAUGGAUUCAUACAGAGAGGGCAGUAUUUCGAUACCAUGUGGAGCGAGAGCCGAGAGAUGUUUGGAAGAUGUAUAUGAGCAUGGGCAAAUUUGACUUGGCAAAGGAAUUCUGCAGGGAUCGGCCUGAAUGCAUGGACACUGUGCUAGCUAAUGAGGCUGAGCACUGCUUCCAGAGCAAGAAGUAUAUAGAAAGUGCCAAGUGUUAUGCCCUCACGCAAAAAUACUUUGAAGAAGUAGCUCUUAAAUUCAUUGAAGCCAAACAAGAAGAAGCACUUAUGGAGUAUCUGCAGAAGAAACUGUCCAACUUGAAAUCUUCAGAGAAAAUUCAAGUCACUUUGCUAACAACAUGGCUGACUGAGCUCUAUUUAAAUCACCUCGGUAUUCUAGAAAGCGACGCAUCAAAGAGAAGCCUUUAUUUGAAGGCCCGUGAUGAUUUUAAGUCAUUUCUGAACAGCCCAAAGAACAAAGAAUGCCUCUUCAACAACCGGGCUUCAAUACAUGAUCUCUUAGCCAGUCAUGGAGAUACAGAUCACAUGGUGUAUUUUGCCGUUUUAAUGCAAGAUUACGAAAGAGUGGUUGCCCAUCAUUGUCAGCAUGAUGACUAUAACGAAGCCCUCAACGUCCUAUCAAAGUACAAAGAUGAGAAACUGUUUUAUAAAUUCUCCCCAGUCCUGAUGCAGCACAUUCCAACCAAGGUUGUAGAUGCCUGGAUCUCGAUGGGCAAAAAACUGGAUCCCAAGAACCUCAUUCCUGCUCUGGUUAAUUACAGUCAGAGUGCAGGCACUCAGAUCAACGAGGCAAUAAGAUACAUGGAAUAUUGUGUUUAUAAGAUGAAGGAAACCGAACAAGCCAUCCACAACUACUUGCUUUCUCUUUAUGCCCAGUUCCGAUCCGAUUCACUUCUUUCUUACCUGGAAAAAGCAGGAACAAACACUAACCGAAUUCACUACGAUCUGAAGUAUGCGCUACGUCUCUGUGCAGAACACGGGCAUCACCGGGCCUGUGUCCAUGUCUACAAAGUUAUGGAGCUGUACGAGGAGGCAGUGGACUUGGCUUUAAAGGUGGAUGUGGAUCUGGCAAAGUCUUGUGCAGAUUUACCAGUGGAUGAUGAGGAGCUUCAGAAGAAGUUGUGGCUGAAGAUUGCUCGCCAUGUGGUUCAGGAGGAGAAGGAUGUAAAAAAAGCCAUGGCCUGCUUAUCCAGCUGCCACCUACUGAAAAUUGAGGAUAUCUUGCCAUUCUUUCCUGACUUUGUAACCAUUGACCACUUCAAGGAGGCCAUUUGCAACUCCCUCGAAGACUACAACAAACACAUCGAGGAGCUGAAGAGGGAGAUGGAAGAUGCCACCCUGAGUGCCAAACGUAUACGAGAGGACAUGCAAGAAAUGAGAAACAAGUACGGUCUGGUGGAUCCACAAGACAAGUGCACAUUCUGUGACUUUCCGCUCCUCAACCGCCCCUUCUAUCUAUUCCUUUGUGGUCACAUGUUUCACUACGACUGCCUCAUGCAGGUCGUUGUCCCCAACCUGCCGGCGUACAGACAGGUUAAACUGGAAGACCUUCAGCAGAAGCUGGCAGCAGCCGUGCAACCUCCGAAGAGCCGCUCUCAGGCCAAGGAGGAGGACACUAUAAAUCUGGCCAAAAUCCAGCAAAGCCGCGAACAAAUCAAGGCGGAUAUCGACGACAUUGUGGCAGCCGAAUGCGCCUAUUGUGGUGAACUCAUGAUUCGCUCCAUUGACAAGCCGUUCAUUGAUCCGCAGAAAUACAAGGAGGAGAUGCUUUCCUGGCUCUAGGUUUACAUUAAUAACCCUUAAUGACCAUUAAUCAUUUUACAGUGGUUGAUGAAUGAAAGACUUGUACGAUUUGUCAUGCACUGCUUGUGUAGCCUUUGUCUCGAAUGUUUUCUUUCACUGAAUCACUAGUGAUUAUUCUGUCUGUGAAUCAAUCACUGUUCAGAGCAUGAAUGGGGAUGACUUUAUCAGCUGCAGAUGUUACUCCAAAUAUCAGAUCAGAUGCUUUCUCUGAAACACCAUUGCAUUUUUAGUUGUUUUUUUUUUCGAGACAGUAUGUUGCAACUUACCCUUGAGAAUUGCCCCCUUUCUUUCUCAUUCCCUAGGUCUGUUAUUUCUGAAUUGUGAGGUUGCCUGAAAUAAAUCACCUCCAAACUUCCAUUUUAUUUGUCUAAUGGAAAAAUCAAGUGCACUUUCAUAAGCAUGUUACUGGCUGCUUGUAUAUUCUGCCAUACAUUAAAAUUUAAUUUUUGUCUCUUCUUUCCAUUACCCUCUUCCUUUUGUAGCCUUUGAGGCCUAUAAUGCUUUUAAAAGGAGCUAGCAUGGUGUGUGCCUAGUGACCGGACUGUACAGAGAUGUAAGGAAAAGAUGUCGAGGUAAUAAAGUUUCCUUCUGCAGGUAA